UAUAAAUUAUGCUAAAAUAAGAAGAAACUUAUGAACAACAAGAAUAACAAGAAUUUAGCAGAGAAUAUGAAAAAACAGCUCUUUCUAUAUGUGAGUUGAAUCAUCGUCUCAUUUAAAUUGAAAAUUAAUAUUUUCAAGAAUCAAGAUAGUAACAUAAUAGAAUUGAUGUUGAUUUCAGAAAGUAUUUGAGUUAGUUUAGUAUCAUAAAGAAAAAGGAUCAUAAUAUUGAAUAAAUUCAAAAGUAAUUUAAUCUUUUAUAUCAAGAAUUUUCAAUCGUCUAUGUGCAGAGUAUGAUCUAAUUCUUUAAAAGGAAGGUCGAGAAAGAAGAGAAUAUAGAAAAAUGCUUAUCAAACUUUAGAGAAUUCAGAAGAAAGCAUGGAAUUUGAAUCUAGAUAAAAGAGAAGACAUCAAAUAAGUAUGUAAUGCAUAUGAAAUUCCAGACAAAAUUUUAGAUGAAAUUGCAUAAACAAUAAAAAAUUACAAUAGAGAAUGA